UCAUGGCGGGUCUACGAUGAGCAUGCCGGCACAACUCGAGGCCUGGACCACUCAACGUGAUAGAGCCCGAGGCAUCCUUCAGGCCUUUGGUACGCGGACAGAGUACGAGGAUUCCUACGGAUCGUCGCAAGCGUCGACGUCGGUUCCUUGUGGUCCCGCAUGGCAGCAGCCUCCCUUAUACCACCGACAGUACGAAGGGUACGGGUACCCCGGUUCUCAGCCCUAUGGAGGGCCAGGUGCCUCGCAAGGGGCUCCAUUUCAAGGAACCCAGUUUACCUCUAUGCCACCAGCUGGAGGGACUUUAGGAUCACAACAGUUCACCGGAGCGGGGCCGUCUUCGUAUGACCCUAUGCCGCCACCAGGAGGAUAUGAAGGAGCUUCUUCCUAUCCACCACCACCACCACCACCUGGAACACAGGGGUGGUCUGAAGACAACGACGCGGCCUCCUUCAACGACUUUACACGGUUGUUUGCUACGCCUGCCCAGGACGAUGAUCCCAGCUUGCAUACACAUGUGGCUUUGUUACGCCGUCCUGCCAGAGACGGGAGGGGGAGGCGGCUCGCCGGCAACGGCCUGGCCGGUGGCCUGGGGCUCGGGAGCGGCUCUGGAGUGAGGGAAAAGAGCGAGGGAGGAGGGAGGGUCCGAUCCCCGGCCUCGGCUCGGCCAAAGGCGGCCCGAGGUGGCCUAGCCACGACGGCCGGCGGCAGUGGGUGGCGCUGGGCCGGCGCCCUGGGCUCGAUGGUACUUCAGGAGGAGGGGGAAAAGAGAGAGGAGGAGGUGGGGGUCCUAUUCCCCUACCUAGCUCGGGCCAUGGUGGAGCAGGGAGGUGGGGCGACGGGUACGGGCGGCGGCGGCCACGGCGGCUCUUGGUGGCUGCGCUGCGGGCAGUGA